AUGGACAUUAAAAAUCCGAAUUAUCAAAAGUGGAGCCACUUCUUCACCAUCAUCGCAGGCCGCUUCUGUCUCACCGAUCUUCUUCUCGGCAAAGAAAAGCCCGCAGACAUCUCUGCCGAUGAGUGGCAACACGCGGAUUACCUCCUCCAAUCUUGGAUCUAUGGCACCAUAACCGAGGACCUCUCAAGCAUGGUUCUAUCCAAAACCGCAAUGGCUCAUGAUCUGUGGAAGGCCCCCACCUCGCUCUUUACAGACAACGAAGACUAUCGGGCCAUCCAACUCGAAGAACAGUUCAAGUCCCUAAAGAAAGGAUCUCUCUCGAUUCAUGAUUACUGUCACCUUCUCAAAACCACCGCCGACAACUUGGCAGAUGUCGGCAACCCCGUGCCGGACAAGCAACUCGUUCUCCAAACCCUCUACGGUCUACCAAAGCAUUACGGGACCAUUGUCAAUCUAAUCUCAUUCCAAACUCCGUUGCCAUCUUUUGUCCAAAUUCGCUCACUACUUCAGAUGGAAGAACAUCGCAUUGCUGAACCGGAGCAGACGCCCACUGUUCUCUAUGUAUCUCGCCCCAACAGUUCCAACAAUUGGCCAAACAGUCUGAGUAAUUAUCGAGGUGGUGGAUCUUGGCGCAAUCAGCGAGGUGACGGUCGCACAAACUGUCGUGGUGGUCGUGGUCAGCUGCGAUAUCCGAUGCAACACUACGGUUCUAAUCAAUUUCAUAACCAAUCGCAAUCUUGGCGGGCUCCUUAUACACCUCAGACAUUUUCAUCAAUUCUUGGACACCCCCCCCCCCCCAAGCUCUCCUGGUCCUUAUCAUGCUCCUACAGCUCAUGCUUAUUUCGUUGGACAACAAGAUUCGACAUCUGGCCACUCCUCCACUGCCUACAACUAUCCUCCUCAACAGCACGUGAACUGUUCAAACAAUUCAUCGAACAGUGGUCCCCUACAGCCCACAGAUCUUGCCACUCAUCUCAACACAUUGACUCUCUAGUCAUCGAGCGAACCUCAGUGGUUUAUGGACACGGGCGCAUCAUCUCACAUGGCACCUCACUCAGGUAA